AUGUCUCUUACCAACAACCAGCCUGUAAAUCUCUCGCAGUAUACGCAGGAGCAAAUCAAAACGCUUAAAGAUGCAUUCCAGCUGUUGGACGAGGACGGGGAUGGCGUAAUCUCCGCACAAGACUUGGACAAGAUAUGGCAGUCGCUCGGAAAGAAGAUGAGCAGCUCAGAGAUUGCGGAGAUGCUCGGACGCAGCGAGCUGGACCAGGUGACGUUCCCGGUUUUUCUAUCGCUCAUGAGCGGCAGCCUUGGGGCGUUGCCGGACGAAGGCGACAUCCGCGAUGCGCUCGAGCUCUUCAGCAAGCCCGGCGACCCUGACUUGAACUGCGAUGCGGGCGAGCUCCGGGAGUACCUCCGCAUCUCUGGUUUCGCGGUCGACGAGGCAUUCGAGCGGCUCCUGCGCAGCUUUGUGGCGCAGUCCGUGACUGGCCAGCAGCUGUUCAAGGGCAAACGGUUCCUCGACGCGGUGAGCGAGUAG